GAGCGAAGUCAGUCGCGGUCCGAGCGGCCGAGUCGUCAGUCCCGCCCUCGGUUCGAACGCGUUUUCGGUCAGUCUCCGUUCGACGUUCGAACGGUUUAGUGUGGAAAGCGCUUGCGCGCACCGGUUACUGUGGCGUACUGCGAGGUUAUUAUGGAUGCGCCCGGCGGUGCUAGAGAGCCCCGCUUCGGGUCGCCUUACAACAUGGGACUCCUUGGAGAUGUGCCCGAUAUGUAUGGCGGGAUCCGUCCGCCGACCUCCCUGGGGGGUGGCGGAGGCCUACGACCCGGCAUGCAGCCCUGCCCGAGAACAGGAGUCAAGCGGCCGUCAGAAGCUUGCUACGAUGAGAGGCCGUCUCAGAGUAUGGGGCUGGAACACUGUGCGAUGCCAGACAUGUCUGACGAUGGCUAUGCCCCUCUGCAACCCAAGAAGUCACCCCCGUCAAAUGGAAAGAAAACUAAGGGUCGUGUCAAAAUUAAAAUGGAGUACAUAGACAAUAAGCUCCGGCGGUACACCACAUUCUCAAAGCGGAAGACGGGCAUCAUGAAGAAGGCAUACGAACUAUCCACUCUAACCGGCACACAAGUGAUGUUACUGGUCGCGUCGGAGACUGGCCACGUGUACACAUUCGCGACCCGGAAACUACAGCCCAUGAUCACGUCGGACUCCGGCAAGCGGCUCAUCCAGACGUGCCUUAACUCGCCCGACCCGCCCACCACCAGCGAGCAGCGCAUGGCGGCUACUGGCUUCGAGGAGACCGAGCUUACCUAUAACGUGGUCGACGACGAUAUGAAGGAGGAGCCAGCGUCAUCUGGAGAGAGUGGAGACGAGAGCGGCAGUGACCAGGAGUGCAGCAAUGUGGAGAAGCAGCUGCAGAAUCACGUGGAAAAGCAGAUCCAGAACCACAGAGAGUGGAACAGUGCACAUGACAGAGGACAAAGCAGCAGAGAACAACCCCCCGACCAACCUUCGACAUCAUCAGCUAACCAGGAACCGGAGACUGCACCACCACCAUCGUUGCCGAGGAUCUUGCCCAAAAUAGACCUUCCUGGAGGUGCUAUGCUGUAUCCAUCAGGAGUUUUGGCUGGAGUAGGGUUGGAUGGCAUCGGCACUAAUUUGGGACUGGGGAAUUUGGCAAUGGGUUACCCCCACAGCUUUAUACUGGGAUUAGCGAACCAAGGACAAGAUGGAGCUUCAUCAUCGAAUCAGCCCCAGUUCAUCACCAUCCCGCUGUCGAUGAUGGCAGGUGCAAACCCAGCCCAGAACGGCUGCCCCAGCGCCUCCAGUGACGACAGCAGCGAGCUGCAGGACCUCAGCACUGGGAACAGAAAAUGAUAAGGGACUAAAGAGAAACUGAUGAAGACUGGAGUUUCAACAACUAUGUAACGAAAUAUUUAAUAGUAUUUUUUAUAUUGUAUUCAAAUACCAAAGUGUUUAUUAAACGUGAUAAAAUGGCGACUUCUAACUGCAAGCAAAAUGUCGUUACUAAUAUCCAAACAUACUGCUUUGUGAAGAUAAUGUACUUAUACGGAGAAACAAUAUUUAAACUUAAAAAAAAACUCUUCAUAAUCUUUUUUUUCUAAAUUCUAUUGAUAAAAUUUUCACUGGAUGAUUCUUUAUAAAUUUUAUAGUAAAAAAAAAUCGUUUUAAAAAAAAAUCUUAAUUUCGCGGAAAUUUGUACGAACAUUUUUCCAUGAAACCGCCGACCUAUACUUACCGCUGUAAUCUCUACAUUAUAUUGGCAAUGCAAACAAUUCAGUCAAUCAACGGAGGUGAGCGGGCGUAGGUUACUGUAUUAGUCAGGUAAAAAUCACAACACAUGGAAUGACUGUGGAAAGCUAUAUUUAUCUGAAUAAAUAAAAUCUAGAAAAAUUGUACAAAUUAAAUUUGUAACCAAAAUUUAUUAAUGAUGCGGGCCUCGAACCCGAGACCUCUGGGGUUCCGUCCGAGCGCUCUUACCAACUGAGCCAACCGUCAGAGUGACGCAUCGACCGUAAAUCUGGUCUCCAUCUACAGAAUCUACUUACAGUUGAUAAUCUGCUUAACCGCAAUAAUUGCAUAUCAGGAAAUUGACUUGAGAUCUUUCUUAUCUAAACAAUUAUGAGAGUGCUUGGACGGAACCCGUGAGGUCGCGAGUUCAAGUCCCGCAUCAUUCAUAAAUUUUGGUUGCAUAUUUUAAUUGCAUAAUACCAGUCAUGAGGGAUAUCAUUUUCAAAAUAACAAAUUGUUUAGAAAAAUCGCUUCAUUCUAUUCCCUCAUUAUAAAAUCAGUGUUUGCAUAAAAAAUAAAAUACGUAUUAAACUGAACUGUAUAAUUGUAAUAUAAUUUAGAAAGUGCAUGUUAUUUAUUAUAUUGGUGUAAGAUUUAGAUAAGUUAUAACUGACAAUAUUUUUGUACUAAAUUAAUAUUAUGUAUAAUAUCUAUCUAUAUAUAUAAUAUCUAAUCUUGAAUCAUUUAUAUGUUUAGAUAAGACUAUGACAGCUGUGAAAACGUCGAACAAACCUGUGGUUGACAGUAAACCAAAACCCAACACAAAGUGAGAUUAAAAUCGAGGGUGUAAGACGUAGCUUUUCACGCACACUAAAGUAAUACCCCUGGUCUGUUUUCAUCAGUUGUCUAGCAGCAAGAGGCUCUAUCUAGACGUAUAAAUUGUCAAUGCGGUGAUUUGUUUUUAUUCAUACUAAAGUGCUUUGUUUUUUAAAAAUAAACAGUUUGAUGUCAAAUCAUUCUUCGAACAAUAAACGGUUGAUAAAUGUAACUUAAUGUCAUGUUUUUUGUCAAUCAUGUUUUAUCAAAAUACCUUAGAUUAAAUAUUGGUCUCCACUGCGCUCUAACUAGAUACCGCAGGCGUAUUGGCAAAGUACGUCAACAAAUACUACUUACAAGUGGACAAACUCGAGCCCGUCUCGAACAAUGUAUGACGUUGACGUGCCACAGGUCCUGUUAAACUUUGCUAAUAAUCGAAACUAAAAUGCCGGGUUGUGCAGUAAAACAUUGUAAAAAUAAUACCUCCUUACCACAAGAAAUGAGAAAAACACUUGGAUCACAUAUGAUAAACAACACGAAGCAUAUGUUACAAAAUUUGAAAGAUGCCAUUGAGUGUCAUAAACAAGGCUAUUGUUCUUAGAUAGUGCGGUAUCUAUUUGGAGCGCAGCGGAGACCAAUCCUUAAUCCAAGCAAAAUACAUUUGUUUAAUGUAAAAGAUGAUUCACUAAUAUUUACGUUUAUUUUAUUGUUUAGCAGUAUAAUGGUAAAAAAAGUUGCGAAAAUGUUAAGAAAAUUACUUUGGUAUUUAUCUGUUUUAUCUAUCUUAAAGAUAUAUUUAAGUCGUUUUUCAGCAGGCCACAUAACAUACUAUAGAGAUUUUUUUUUAAAUAGGUCUCAAUAUUGGAGUAAAACAUGAAACUAUUCACUAAAGUAUCUUACUUCCACAUUAUUUUGGUAAAUCAUCAAUUUAAAACAAUGCUUUCAUUUUUCAAGUUUAAAAAGAAAUAAUCGUAUAUUCAAUUUCUGAUAACUAUUGUUUUGGGGAGGAGGGGGUAAGACGAGGUGGCGGGCAGCGUGGUGUUAGAUCACAAUUGUUUUGAGCACAAACUACUCGACAAAUAACAGUCGACUAUGAACAUAAAACGGAACUAACAUUAUUUUUUUAGUCGAAUUAAUUGAGAGACACUUCGUACAUUACCCUUUUACUUAUAGCGAUUUUCUUAAUUGUAUUUGGAACAUGUUUAUUCCGUAAACAGCCGUUAUAUAAGACAAUAUAAUGCUGUUCGUAAGUGUCAAGAAUUACGUAUUAUUUUUUGAGGUUAUUUUGUUUUUAAUUCAAUUGACAUCCCAUACCCCGUCCUGCUCUCUCGCGCAUGGUAUUUUGAACCUUGCCAGUAAUAUGCAAGAUUAGAAACUAAAAAGUGUGUGUGUACUUAUGUAAGAACACAAGAAGUUAUACUUAUUUGGCCUAACGAAGCAAUAAUCCUCAAAAUGUUACGUUAUUAGAAAGAACAAUUUUGUAAAAGUCUUGCAAAGAUGGCUUUAAAAAAUUAAUUAUUAAAUAAUGAAUACGGCUGUAUGGGCUUGAACCCUUUGCCUGUCCUAAUAAUGGCCGAAGAAACAAAAAAAAAUAACGAAUGACGCAAACGUCAGAGAAUUUUAGGAACCAACUUCAACCUGUUAAUUUUAUGUGUACACUGAUGCGCGCGCAUCUUAAAAUUUCACUUUCAUCAAUUUUUCAUAACGCUCCUACAGAAGUAUAACUUCAAACAUAUAACUAUUAUAACAUCAUAACCUUCUAAAAAAGAAUUAGAAGUGAUGAUAGCGGGCAGAAGUAGUUGGCUAAAUACAAUGCUUGUAUUGUAAAUGCUUGUUAUUAGAAGUCAAGUGAAAGCUAGGCUGCAGAUUCUGCUUGUGGGUAUGUUUAAUGAAUUUGAAGAGACAAUAUUAAGUGCGAAUUUUGUAAGCAAAAAAUAAUUGUUUUUUCCAAAUAUCCCUGUUGGAUAUCCCUCUUGCCCUACCCGAGGAAGGCAAGACGGAGAGAUCAAACCGUGUGUAUAAAUAUUAAAGCAUUACAUAGACACGAAAAUGUUACAUUUCUACCCCGUACAAGUACCCCGUCUUACCCCCUUCGACCCUAUAUAUAAGUGCUAUUGAAUAGCCGGCGAAAAAACUUGGGUAAAUCAUAUACACGUUUAUCAAAUACAUUAUAAAAUGUUGGUUUUGUUUAAGUUCCUAUUACUUAAUGUGCUUUUUAAAUUUUUCUUUUCAUUGUUAAUUUUAAGUCAGCAUUUAAUUUAAUUUUCGUCGUUUAAAUACGUUUUCUUUAUGUUAUAAGUUCUGCUAAUGUUGUAAAUUUUGCUGAAGCUACCCCAAAGAAAAUUACAAGUAUUUAUUCUGUUUCUUAAAUGUCUUUUAUAUUAAUGUUAAAGACAAUACAUGUAUAAUUUUAUGUAUUCGACUAAGAAGUAGAAGAGAGGAUUAAUUUUUGUAGACGAGAGAGGUUUGUUUCGUUUUAAAACGUUUUGGUGUUUUUUUCGGAUAGCAGCAAAGUUUACAAUUAUUAGUCAUUAAAUAAUCAUACAUUAAUUAUUAUAAGAAAGUGGUUUUAUACUUGUGUCGAGAUUGUUCCUCGUGUUUUAACUGAAUUAAAGUUUUCAUAAAUUA